AAUAGCAAACCCAGCUGCCGGUUUGAUGUCUGUGUUUGCGGAAGCAUUUCCUAGAGUUGCUCGGUUAGCAUCCAGCUAACUGUGUCGCUGUGUGUUUAAUGCAGCUGUUAGCUGGGUUGUUGGCCUGGACUCGUUUGUUAUAAUGGAGCCGCAAGGCAGCGUGAACGCAGACCCUGCGGACAGUGAUGGUGAGGGUCGUUGCAUACGAUGGCGCAACUGGUCUGGGUUUUGGUUGCUUGGAUUGUGCAACAACUUUGCUUAUGUGAUAAUGCUGAGCGCUGCACACGACAUCCUCAAGACACAAGAGUCUCACAACACCACAGCAUCUACAGAAGCCGUUGAUUUCCAAGGUGGUUACAGUAGCAACAAUAGCCGUUAUGACUGCAAUCCUGUUUCUACUGCGGCGGUGCUGUUGGCUGACAUCCUCCCAACGCUCAUCAUCAAGCUUUCUGUCCCUUUUGUCAUCCACAACCUGCCGUAUGGUAUCCGGGUGGUGUUCUGUGCCACCAUGGCAGCGGCGAGUUUCCUCCUUGUGUCCUUAUCAUCAGCUGUCUGGAUCAGCAUCCUUGGAGUGAUCUUUGCCAGUAUCAGCGCUGGACUGGGAGAACUGUCCUUCCUCUCUCUCACUCACUUCUACACCAGGGAUGUGCUGGGAGGUUGGGGUUCAGGUACAGGUGGUGCUGGUGUGGCUGGAGCCCUCUUCUACUCAAUCCUUACCCAGGUUGGCCUGUCACCUCAGGUCACAGUUCAAAUUAUGCUGGUGGUCCCGUUUGCGAUGUUGAUCAGCUACUUCACCGUGCUGGUUCCUCCACCUUCAUUACCUCAGUGGAAAUCCAGAAGGACAGAGUAUGCAGCCGUGGGCUCAGAGGAGAACCGGGGGCUGAUAGAUGGUGCAGAGGAAGAGGAGGAGGACAGAUCAACCCCAGUAACAGAGGACGUGAGCACUGGGCCUCUCACCUUCAGAGAGAAACUGCACAUCAUCAAAGGCUUGUUGAAGUUUGUGCUUCCGUUGGGACUGGUCUACUUUGCUGAGUACUUCAUCAACCAGGGCUUGAUGGAACUCCUGUAUUUCCCAAACUUUUUCCUGUCCCAUGCAGAGCAGUAUCGCUGGUACCAGACAUUGUACCAGGUUGGUGUGCUGGUGUCUCGAUCCUCCCUGUGCUGUGUGAAGAUCAGAAACCUGUGGGCUCUGUCUUUGCUACAGGUGGUGAAUGCGGUGUUGCUUCUGUUUGCCGUACGUUACCUAUUCUUGCCCAGUGCCUGGCUGGUGUUUGCCAUUGUCCUCUAUGAGGGUCUGCUAGGUGGAGCUGCGUAUGUCAACACCUUCUACUUCAUCAGCAAAGAGAGUGAAGACAGACACAGGGAGUUUGCAAUGGCUGCUGCCAGCGUAGGAGACAGUCUGGGUAUAGCUCUGGCUGGACUCGCUGCUUUCCCUGUCCACAGAUACUUCUGUUCCCUGUGACCCAGCCCACACACUGACAAGCAGGAUGAAUAAGCAAGAUGUGGGUGGAUUCCAGUUAAGGGAUUUUUUUUUUAUCUGAAAUGAAAAGACAGACUUCACUCCUGCAUAAUUCUGACUUCACAAACUCAGGUUUAGGAGCAGUCUGGGUUCCAGGGUCUGUUGGUGAGGGGAGUCUAUAAGUUUUGUAUGAUUCAGAGGGAUAUGAUACAAUUAUAGAAUGAUUCUUGGUGUUUGAGGUUAUUUAAAAAAAAAAGAUUCAGAACAGAUUUAUUGAUUUAUUUAAAUAAAAAACUAAAACGUAGCUAACUACUGUUUCUAGAAACGGCAGUAAAGUUUACUACAGCAGAAGUCACGACUAAUUAAAUCAUCUGUCAGUGGAGACAAAUCUGUCAGUUAGUAAAAUAAAUAAUAUUCCUGAGUGAAGUUUAGCGAUGAUGAAUAAAACCGACAUGAGUCAGCGUCCAUCCUUUCUCUGCUGCUACUGUGAUUCCCAGUCUGUAGGUUUCACUGGUACAGAGAAAUGGUUUGUAUUGGAAUGUAACUGAGUUUAUAAGAGUUUUCCUCAGUUCCAUUUGUGACAAACUAAGAAACUGUUCAUAUAGAUGAACAACACAUCUACUCGUCCUUGCACUAUCCUGAAAUUAAGCCAGAAUAUCCUGCAUAUGAACGCUGACAUCUUGCACAUCUGCACAGUUGCAAUCAGGGGAUGGAGCCACGGUAUCCAGUCUCAGCUCUCGAUCAUGAUGUUUCACCCUGUUUCUUUAGCGUUGAAUGAUUUAAUUAAAACCAAACUUACCAGGGAAAUGGAGACUUCAACAAAAACAAGUGUGAUGAUAACUACCUAAAAUGACAGAAACCAUCUUUGAGAAAUAUGUAUUUAAAGUGCACUUUGACUUUGACUUUUUAAGUUUGGUCCAUGUCCCAUUCACUAACAAGGAGGAGGCAAGCUUUAUGACCUAUUAUGCAGCCAGAAGAACCUAGGGGGCAAUCAAGACACUGUGGUCUUACUCUAAAGGGGGGCUGUCAUUUGGUGCAUCUUUUAUGUACAGUCUACAUACAGACAGUUAGAUUAGCUUGUGUGUUACAUUUUGCUAUUGGCCUAACAAGUGCAGCGUUGUUGUGGAAACCAACGACUGCAGACGAAUGUCCUUUUUUAUGUCUGUCCUUUUUACAGAGUUGACAUAGGGCUGAGAGAGAAGUUGCCUUAACUUCCACGCAGCCUGACGCAAGGUUAGGUUAGGUCAUCCUUUGAGUAGCAGUGAUCAGAGCAUGUGACUCCUGAUUUGCUUACUUAGCUCUUUGUGUUGGAGUUUUGCCUAUUCGUACGGACUGCACAGACAGCCAGUGUCCUGCAGAGAAAGAGCCCGCUGCUUAUGCUGACAUGAAAGUGCUGAGAAUGUUGACGGCUUGUUUUGCACAAACUUCAGUGACAAAUGACUGCCACAUAAAAAAGGAAUACAAUGCUUCACAUGAGAAAAGAAAUACAGCCUGAACACCACUUUUCUUUGAGAACACUUCUCAAGGAAACAAGCCAUGACAUAAUCUGAAUACUUUAUAAAUUUAUUACACAGAAAUGUAUUUGAAUCACAGGAAAUAUUAAGAUGUUUCAUUUAAAUAGAAUUAUGCCUGAUGUAAUGGCACUACCACUCAUCAAAAAGUUGUUAAGUGAACAAACCCCGAGCUAGAGAAGAACUGACCCGAGUGCAGAGAUGGUACUUACGAGUAUGCUUUUUAUCAUCAAGUAUUCAAAUAAAACAUGUGGUAACCUCUCACUACCUAAGCUGUCAUUACACUAAAUAAGCCAAAACUGUUAUUGUCAACAUGCUAGGGGACAAAACCUGUGUUUUGAUAAGUCAUUUUAAAUGUCACAUCUUAUAGUGAUUGUGUGAGAUGCUUAAUCUUUAUGAUACAGUUUUAUUACAUGUCAACUCGGUGUCCUCAAUUCUUGGACACAAUCCACGAGUUAAACCAUGUAACAGGAUAAUUUUUGACUUGUAGUAACAGAAUUACUGAAAUUAAAGCUUAAAAACUUAAAACUUCUUCAUUAACAACAAAACUAAAGCAGAAAUCCACUCAGAAGUUAAAAGCAGUACAUCUGCAUACACACAUGACCUUUGUAUUCAUAGAACAUGGCUGAAUUAGGCUGUUGCAUAACUUCCACGCAGCCUGACCUUUGUUUUACCUGUAAGUAACUGGUACUUUUUCACUGUCGUGACUAAAGUAACCAUAUAUGCCUUUUAAUGUUUCUCCUAAAGUUUUAUCAACGUGUCUUAACAUGUGGCAGUGUAACAAUCUGGAAUACAAUGUGCAGAGAUUAAAAAAUGUUUAUUUUAUACUGAAAGGAAGACACUGAAUGUGUGUAUUAUCAAAAGAUACAAAACGGGGAACAGUUUUUAUGUCAACAUCACCAGGACACUUUUGUAGUGAACUUGUUUUGGCUUGAGUUCUUCACCAGAAACACCAAAGAUCUUUCCCGCUUUCCCAAACUAAUACGAGUUUAAAAUGUCAUAAUGGUUUAAGAGCUUGCACAGAUGUGUUUCAUAUCCUGAAAUACAUAUUCCAUAAACACACAUGCAUAUUCCUAAUGAACUCUUCAAUUACCAACAUUUGACACGAUACUGCUGCUGCUGCUGAAUUGUUCAAACUUGUUACAAUGUGAUGAUAUGUUACAAUGAUGUACGGGUUUGAACCAAUGUUGACAUAAUUAAAGUAUGUUGAAGUUUA